GAAAAAAAUGUAGCUAGGUUUACGGAACUGAGUUUGACUGCUGUAAUUCUGCCGCUAGGUUCACAUUACAGCGAAAGUUAUUCGGUACAGGUUGUUGUUAACCUGUCGCGAUUCUAAGCUUCAACAAUAAGAGAAAAACGUUUUCAAAAAGAAGUAUGUUUAAGGAAAGAGGCUGUGCUGAUGGCCCAUUUGGCUGAUGCGGGUAACACGAAAUAAUGAUACGCGAGAAAGUCCACGAAUCAAUUUUACAUGAUGCGAAACGCCUUUUGGUUCUGUGGUUCAUUGAUUUUCAUUGAUUACUUAACGGUUAUUUUUAACAACUAGAAAAAAUCAACUUGUGUAAAAUUUACACGUCAGCACAGGAUAGCACUGGAGGUUGCGAAGUGCGAACAAGCAACGUCACCUUGCAACGUUAUCAAAACAGGAAGUGAUAAAAGUUACUCAAACCUUUGCUCGGCAUUAGCUACAAUGUUUAUGUUGUUUUGUAUGACUUGAAGCCUCAUACGAGUGAGCCAUCCUGUGGAGUCUACUGAAGGCAACAACUUUCACAAGGAAGCAUCCAGUCAGUGAACCUAAUACUGUCACGCGACGCCCUCUAUUUGAUUUGACGAAAAUUGGGAGUCAAGCAAGUGGUGGCCUUGUCUGACAUGUUCCCUGAAUGUGCUCCAGAAAAGUACUGCCAACGCCAGUGUUGAGGUAACAGCAGCCUCUACUAUCGGGGAUCUUAAAUGUCGACGACUGUAAUUUAACCAAGCCAGUGGUGCACAACAACAACAAUAUGGGCUUGUUCCGAAGCGAGGAGAUGUGCCUUGCCCAGCUGUUUCUGCAGUCGGGGUCUGCAUAUGACUGCAUCAGUGAACUUGGAGAAUUGGGAUUAGCAGAGUUUAGAGAUCUCAACCCAAGUGUCAACUCCUUUCAGCGAAAAUUUGUAACCGAGAUAAAAAGAUGUGAAGAGAUGGAGCGAAUCUUGGGAUAUUUAUUGAGGGAGAUUAAGAAGUCAGAAAUCCCACUACCCGAAGGACAGGUCAACCCAGGUGCCCCCCUCCCCAAGCAAGUCAUGGGUAUAAUGGAGCAGCUUCAGAGACUGGAGUCGGAGCUGAGUGAGGUGACGGGGAACAAAGAGAAGCUUCAGAAGAACCUUCUGGAACUGACAGAGUACACGCACAUGCUGCAGAUCACCAAGAACUUUGCACAACGGAACACAGAGUAUGAGUCCAGGCAGGCUCAGUAUGAAGAGUUCCCCUUCUUGGAGAAAGAGUCCAUCAUGGAUUAUGCCAGCAUGCAGAGACUUGGAGCCAAACUCGGAUUCAUAUCCGGUUUAAUUGAGCGGGUGAAAAUCGAGGCCUUUGAAAGGAUGUUGUGGAGGGUCUGCAAAGGCUACACUAUUCUCAGCUAUGCGGAGAUUGACCAUCGCCUUCAAUCAGAGACGGGUGAAGAGACGAGGAGCAUGGUGUUUCUGAUAUCCUACUGGGGUGACCAAAUAGGACAGAAAGUUAAGAAGAUAUGUGACUGCUAUCACUGCCACCUGUACCCGUACCCGAAUAGUAACGAGGAGAGAGCCGACGUGAUCGAUGGUUUGAAGAUGCGUAUCCAAGACCUGCACACAGUCCUUCAUCGAACUGAAGACUACCUGCGGCAGGUGUUGAACAAGGCAUCCGAGUCGGUCUACACCUGGGUGAUCCAGGUCAAGAAGAUGAAGGCUAUCUAUCACAUCCUCAACCUCUGUAGCUUUGACAUCACCAACAAGUGCCUCAUCGCCGAAGUGUGGUGCCCACUCAACGAGCUGUCGACAAUACGCAGGGCACUGGAGGAGGGCUCGCGAAAGAGUGGGGCCACAGUGCCAUCGUUUGUGAACCGUAUACCGAGCAGUGACACCCCACCCACGUUAAUCAAGACCAACAAGUUCACAUCGGGUUUCCAGAACAUCGUGGAUGCUUAUGGUGUGGGCAACUACCGAGAGAUGAACCCAGCUCCUUAUGUCAUUGUUACCUUUCCAUUCCUGUUUGCUGUGAUGUUUGGGGAUUUUGGUCAUGGCCUCAUAAUGGCUGGCUUUGCACUGUGGAUGGUGCUGUAUGAAAACGACCGCAAACUGAAGAACACCAGAAAUGAGAUCUGGAACACAUUUUUCGAGGGCCGCUACCUCAUCCUGAUGAUGGGCCUGUUCUCGGUGUACACGGGACUCAUCUAUAACGACUGCUUCUCCAAGUCCCUCAACCUCUUCGGCUCCAGCUGGAGUGUCAAAGCCAUGUUUGAACAUGGCAACUGGACGCUGAACACAAUCAGAGGAUCAAAAUCACUCACCCUUGAUCCCAAUGUCAACGGUGUCUUCAAUGGUCCAUAUCCCUUCGGCAUUGAUCCAAUAUGGAACAUGGCAUCAAAUCGUCUGACGUUCCUAAACUCUUACAAGAUGAAAAUGUCUGUCAUUUUGGGAGUAAUCCACAUGCUAUUUGGAGUAAUCCUUGGUGUCUUCAACCACCUGCAUUUCAGAAGGAAGUUCUGUGUAUAUUUGGUGUUUGUCCCGGAGUUCCUCUUCUUGGUGUGCAUGUUCGGGUACCUGGUCUUCAUGGUUGUCUACAAAUGGCUGGCUUUCAGUGUGAAGGAGUCCAGAAGCGCACCCAGCAUCCUCAUCCACUUCAUCAACAUGUUCCUCAUGCAGGGAGAUGACAUCCAGCCUCUCUUCCCAGGACAGGCCGGUGUGCAAGGGUUCUUACUGGUAGUUGCCUUUUUGUCCGUUCCUGUCCUUCUUCUGGGAAAACCCCUUUACCUUUACUGGGUCCACAAGGGCAGAAACCGUCUCCACAUGUAUCAGGGCUAUGAGCGGGUCAGACGCUGCAGUGAGGAGGAGCUGUGUCUGCUGAGGGCUCACGACAUGGAGGAAGGGGACAGCCAUGACAGUGCCAUGUCCAGCUCAGAAAUGCAGUCAGAGGAGACUGACCUUGCAGAUGAGUUUUUGCACCAGGCUAUCCACACCAUUGAGUACUGCCUGGGCUGCGUCUCAAACACUGCCUCCUACCUGAGACUCUGGGCUCUGAGCCUGGCUCAUGCUCAGCUUUCCGAGGUGCUGUGGUCGAUGGUGAUGCGUGUGGGGCUGCGGGUGGACACCAGAGUGGGCGUCCUCUUCCUGGUGCCCGUGUUUGGCCUAUUUGCUGUGCUCACCGUGUCCAUCCUGCUGGUCAUGGAGGGACUGUCUGCAUUCCUGCACGCUCUGAGGCUGCACUGGGUGGAGUUUCAGAACAAAUUCUACAGCGGGGCUGGUACCAAGUUCAACCCUUUCACCUUUGCUGUCUUCCACAACAGUAUGGACAGUGAAGGCCAACUCUAGAUGGGAGUGUGUGUGUGUGUGUUUGUGUGUGUGCGUGUGUGUGAGAGAGAGAGGGAGAGAGAAACGGUAUUUGAGUGAACGUAUGCGUGUGUGGUUGUGGGGAUUUUGCCUAUUUUUCAGUUUUUUUUUCUACCACUGAUGACUUAACAGAAUGUAUAAACAAGUAGAUUUGUUUUCAUCAUGUUCUCUGUAUAAAUGGAAUUAACUGUUUGAGGAUGUCAUUUAUUUCUUUAAUAAAUUGUGGGUCACAUACCAGUUUAUUAAUAAACUCUUCGAGUGCAUUUUAAAAAAAACAUUGUCAAAUGUCUUGUAUGAACAUUCACAUUUUUGUAAUGUUUGGUUGUUUGGUUCUACUCACAGUCAUAUGUGAGGUAAACUAUUCAUAGAUGUGCAUAAUGCCAUUGUUUAACCGUUUUCUCCUUUUAUUUCUUAAUUUUAACAAAGCUGCACUGUUUAAAUGGACUAAAUGAAACAUGAAGGAAUGGCAAGAGGGUAUAUAAGCAGAGUUCAAAGAUCUGAGAUGCCUAUCUACUGCAAUCACGGAGAUGGUAUUGGGUCAAAGACGAGACGUGAUUUUUUUUUUUG